CUUAUAUGGUUAAGUUGAAGUAACAGGUGAGGUGAUGUCAAAACUAUAGUGUAGUUUCUUCAUUUUUUGUGUUUUAUUUUUAAUUAAAGUGCAAUGCAAUUAUAUAAAUAAUUAACGAAAUAUGUGAUAUAAGGUAAUUUAUUGUGUGAAUAUAUAAUUGAGUUAAGUGAAGUGGUUUUAGUGUUUAUUUAUUUCAGUGAUGACAGUUCCUUCGAUUACCUGAAAUGGCAUUUGUGUUUGAGAUAUAGAAAAAGCUGUGAUGCCUGCACAUGAAAAUGACGGAGGAACGAAACGCGCCAGUAUGGUCGGAUGAGUUCGCAGACGACAGUGACGAAGAUCUGGUGAUGGAUUACUUAUCGGUAUCUGGUGGCGGAGUGGGAACUGGAGGCAUGGCCGGCGGGAACGCUUCUGGUGCGGUUCCGCCGGCCGCUCACAGCAGCCCCUUGGUGCCGACCAUCAGCGUCACACCACAUUCUCCGAGUGGCAAACAGUAUCCGGUAUUAGAAGAGGCGCUUAUAGACUUGCAGACAAUAAAUGCGGCCGUCAAACAGAUGAAAAUCUCACAAAAUCAAACUGUUUUACAAAGUCCUCCUAGUUUGGAAUUGUCAGCUCGCUUGAGCGCCUCUUGCCCUUCAUUACCGGAUUUAGUUAAUUGUACUGGUGCAACUUGCACUGGUAGCGCAGGCGCUGGUUUCUGGGGAAGCACUGGUCUACCUUUGGGCACUGGCGGACCACCUGGACAAGAACGACGCUCAUCAUGGACUGCUCUAGAAGACCUUAGGGUCGAUAAAGCCAAAACACAUCGCAGCAUAAGUUUAAGUAGUUUGGACUCUGAGCCUGAUUCUUCUAUGACUGAUACACAAACGGGACCUGCAUCAAAUGUAAGAGCAAUUGCACAUCAUAGAAGUCGAGAUCCACGUUCCGCUGGCGGUAUUUCAACACAUUCUUUGAACGAGGCUGAUCUACAGAGUGAUUUUAAUAAAAUAAUAGUAUUACGAGAAGCGCAAUCAAGGCUAGCUCCAGUACGUCUACCUUUACAAAAAUCAGUUUCUACACCCAGCAUUGCACCUUGGACUGAAAAUAAUGUUGAAACGCAAAUGCUUCCAGUUUCCUCAGGAACAAUGUCAACGGGGCGUACUGGUACGGAAAGUGAAACUGAAGAAGAUUCAGUACAAGAUAGUAGGAGGCAUACACAACCUGCGGCUGCUGACCUGCACCGAUUGCUUGCACAAUCGUAUGACCAGCAUUCGGAGAAACGCCGCAAACGUGGUAGUUUAUUCUUUAGGAAGAAAAAAGACAAGGAUAAAGAAAAAGAGCAACGUGUAUUGGAACGUGUACAUCAUGUUUGGGGUUCUACUAUCACUCAAGGUUGUUGUGAUUGGUGCUCGAAGCAACUUGGCACCAAGCCGCAAGUCACGUGUGAAAAUUGCGGAAUAACUGUGCAUUACAGUUCAUGCAAGGAUCAUCUUUCCGAUUGCAAAGGCAAAAUGUCUAAGCUUUCUCUCAAAUCUUCCACAAUCGGCGCAUCUAUUCAAGCUCGCAGACAAAGCUCGGGAAAGCGCGGAUCUUUCACGCAAGCUCCACCAAAUAGCGGGCAUGAUGGGGUCGAUAUCACUUCACACGCUAGCCAUGAUGGAGUAAAUUUUUCGGAUGAUGCGCCACUUGUGCGAUUUGAAUUUUUGGAAGAAGCUCCAAUAGGUGCUCGAGAACUUUGUUCUGACCCUUUGCUGGCCCUAUGCGCUGAUGAGCCUGAUUCUUGGACUCCUACUACAGCCCGCGAAUUGUUGAAACAAUUGAAAGAUAAACAAAUAAAACGUCAAGAACACAUAUAUGAAUUUAUACUUACCGAAAAGCAUCAUUGUUUGACGUUAACAGUAAUGCAAAAGGUCUUUGUUGAAGGUCUUCAAAAGCAUUUUCAGCUAGGGGCAAAUCUAGAUCGAAUGUUUCCGAGGUUACAGGAUCUAACUGAUUUGCAUCUAGGUUUUAUGCGUAGAUUGCGCACUAAACAACAGGAAGGACCUGUCGUAGAUUCAUUGGCUGACAUUUUAUUAGAUAUGUUUUCUGGAGUACAAGCCCAAAGACUAAAGGACGCUUACGGUGAAUUCUGUUCCCGACAUAGAGAUGCUUUAGAAACGUAUAAGUAUUAUAUGUCCGCUGAUCCAAGAUUUGUGGAAUUCAUAAGGCAUUGUCAAAUAACACCGCAAUUGAAAAAGAAAGGUGUUCCUGAGUGCAUACUUUUUGUCACUCAACGAUUAACCAAAUAUCCAUUGCUAAUUGAACCUUUAAUUAAAAGUUCAAGAGAUAAUCCGCAAGAGCAGGAAAAACUAAGAAAUGCUUUGGCUCUUGUAAAGGAAAUCUUAACGGAAGUGGACGCUCGGGUAGCUUUAAAGGAAAAAGAAGAUCGUAAGUUAGAAAUUUACAAUAGGAUAGAUGCGAAAUCGUACACUGUCCAUCGUGGCAUCAAAUUUAAGAAGAGUGAUAUUCUUGCGGCAAAUCGAACCUUGCGUUUCGAAGGUCUCGCCAUGCUUAUGCAAGGACGAGGCAAAAUGCAACUAGUAAUGGUGAUAGUACUCAGUGAUUGCUUAUUUUUCUUACAAGAAAGUUCUCAUAAGUAUAACUUCUUCACGCCAGAUAAUAAGGCUGGGGUUGUGUCUUUACAAAAGUUAUUGGUUAGAGAAAAAGCAGGUCAGGAUACUAGAGGAAUUUAUUUAAUUUCUUCAAACCCUUUGGACCCCGAAAUGUUUGAGUUGAAGGUACAUCAGCCAAAAGAUAAGACUGCCUGGAUACAAGCCAUAAGAAAUGCUGUUCAAGAAUGUCCUCAACCAGAAGAGGAAGGAUUUACUUUGAGUGCUGAAGAGCAACAAAGGUUACUUGAAGCGAAGCAAACACAGCUUCGUAAUAUUGUCUGGGCUCUGAGACAAAAAGAUGUUGAACAUGCCUUAUUGCUUGAAGAGAAGAUGGGAUUGCAAUUAAAACUUCUAGCAGCAGCUGGAUUACAAGGUGUACCCGAUCCACCACAAUACAGACAGCUUGUAACAGAUGCAGCAGAUACUGGUCUCAUCUGGCGAGAAGUACUUGGUGCUGUACAAGAAGUUAGUUUACUUGCCAAUUCAUUGUAUGCUGCUGGCAGCAGCUUGUCCAGGUCAGUGUCUUCGGCUGGUGAAAGGCAAAGUAAUGCUUAUGAGUCGCCGACACUUCCGAAGCGUGCAGAAACAUUUGGUGGAUUUGACAAUCCAAAUCUCAGAGGAUUGAUUAAAAAAUUUCCACAAAAAGAAAAUAGCUCUGAGAACGUUGAUGGGCGCAUAUCUCACAAGCUACCUUUAGAUCGUCUUCCGUGGAAAAGCGCCGUUUUGUCAACUGUUCCUAUUGGAGUUCUUGAAAAUCAUGACAAUAUUGUGAAUAAUUCUCAAGAAACAUCAGAUCAAAAUUCUACUUUUUCUGUGAAAGAUAUUAAUCCAAAUGAUUCUCCUGCUUUAUUAUCAUUAGGAAGGGAACAACAGAAAGCUGCAGUUCAGCUAUCUCACUAUGUUUAUAUGUUGCUAUGUAUAAUAUCACAACAAAUGACAAGCAUUAAUAGUUUGCAAGCCCAAAUUUCCGCAUAUCAGGGCACUGGUGCCCAACCGGGCAACGCUAAAUAUAAGCAUAAUGACCAAUUAGAGGAACUCAGAAAUUUACAGGAUAAGUUGACAGUAGAAAAAGAGGCGUGGAAUAGAGAGCGGAUAAUGCAGGAAGCUGAACUCAAACAAACGAAACAGGAAAUAUUAGCAUUGCAGGAACAUGUUAAAGCUGAACAAGAAGAUGUGCGACAGCAACGUGAACAACUAUACCGCAAAAUGGAAGUAUUGUCUAAUCAGGGUCUUUUAAUAAGCCCAUCAGUGGCAAUUCCAGCCGUGACACCUCCCGUAACUCAGGGAAUAUCUGUUGUUCAAAAUAUUUCAAUGCCGAUUGAUGAUGUUAAUAAACAAGUAGAAAAAAGUGGACAAAGUGGAAAGUGGAAAAGCCCCAUGAAGCCAAGUUUACCUUUGCAAUUAAUCAGCGCAACAAAUCAACCUAAAGUACAACAGCAGUCCAUCAAACAGCAAAUACCGCUUAAGUUAUCACAUCUUUCCAAUAGUAAGUCAAGCGCAUCAUCAACAUCAUCUCAUGUAGUUACAUGCGCCAAUAGUAGCGUCCAGCAAAUGCUGCCUAUGAAACUAAGUCAGACACUAGCCAACUCUAGUGGACACGCGAGCGAUGGAACCGGUUCGCUGUCCAGAAGAUCAAUCGGAGGAGGGGUAGCCUAUCAUAGGCUAAGUUCUGGUUCGCCUAUUGUCGACGCGAUUCCCACGGGUGUUCAUACCAGAACCGGAAGCAGCCCGGCUAUGAUGCAGGCCACACCUUCAUCUGAAAAUAAUUCUGGUGCCAAUUCACCAAUUAGCACUCAAAAUGCAGGAAGUAAACCUGGAAGAACAAACACUUAUCCAAAGAUACCAGAAAAAUUCAGAACGCGCGGGUCGCAAUCAUCUGGAGCUCCUGAAGAAGAAGUUAUGUUUUUCUGAGGGUCUCUGAACAGGUGUGUUCGUCAUGUAUUAUCAAUCGUUAGAAUUAAUUUGAGAAAAAAUAAUAAAUGAUUUAUUUGUAUUUUAUUUAUCUAUGGUUUGCUGGCAACUUACAAUUGAGAACAUCAGCUAUUUCUUAUAUGACAUAAUGAAUAAUCAAACAGAUUUAGUAGCUCUGCUAUGAAAACUUUUAUUUUU